AUGAACAACACGUCAAAGUUGAGAGUCUUGAUCGUGGGCUCCUCCAUUGCAGGCCCAACAGCAGCCUACUGGUUUGCCAAAACGGGAGCACAAGUCACAGUCAUUGAACGCUUUCCCCAAUUGCGAACCAACGGUCAAAAUGUCGACAUCCGAACUGCAGGUGUUUUGGUCAUGCGAAAGAUGCCCGGAAUGGAAGAAGCGGUGCUGGCUAACCUUCAGCCAAUAAAAGGUAUGAGCAUCGUGAACGAGAAUGGCCGGCCCUACGGAACCAUAACAUCCACUGGAAACCCUGAUCAACAAGCACUGGUCUCCGAGUAUGAGAUCCUGCGCGGUGAUCUGGGGCGUAUUCUCUUCGACCUCACAAAGGACACUGAGAACAUCAAGUAUGUUUUCGGUGAGCAGGUUGCAUCUAUGCAGCAAGACGAGAAGAGCGACGGGCCGGUUACUGUCGAGUUCAUGAAUGGAACACCCUCCGCGGAGUAUGACCUUGUUGUCGCCUGUGACGGCUCCACAUCGAGAACUCGGGCGAUUGGACUUGGCUGUGGUAUGCGCGACCAUAUCAAGCCUGUGAAUUCAUGGGCGGUCUAUUCCUCCAUCAAUGAGGAUCUUCUUGACGGCAGCCAACUUGUUCAUGGAUACAGUGCCGUUGGCGGUCGAGCUAUUUCCCUCGGCCCGGAUCCUGCUGGUGGAAAUCGCAUCACACUCAUGGGCAUCCACCCACGCAGCAACCACGACUCCAUUACCAAAUUCCGCGAAGCGAACAGACUCGGCACCGAAGAACUAAAGGAGUUUGUCGCUCAGCGCUUCAAAGGAGCAGGCUGGAAAUCCGACCAAAUCAUCCAAGGCAUGAUGGAGGCCGACGACUUUUACGCCAGUGAAUGGGUACAGGUCAAAGUACCAACUUUAUACAAAGGACGGUUCGUGUUAGUUGGUGAUGCAGGCUACGCGCCCGGUCCAACAGGCACGGGUACCAGUCUGGCCAUGGCUGGGGCCUAUAUCUUGGCAGGCGAAAUUGGGAAACAUCGAGGGGAUCUGGCAGCAGGGCUAAAGGGGUACGAGGAGCAGAUUCGACCACUUAUCAACGAGAUGCAAAAGAUCCCACCGCUGAUUCUUGAGAUGUUUGCGCCCCAGACGGCCUGGGGGAUCUGGCUCAGAAAUAUGCUUUUUUCGUUUGUUUGUUGGACUAGACUUCUUUCGCUCUUCGACAAGUUUUUCGGGGGUGCGUCUGGUCACUCUGAUAAGUAUCAGGUGCCGGAGUAUGAGUGGGUGGCCUAA